CACGUGACAUCUCUCGCGGUUGACGUCCACAACAGACAUACUGUGGCCGCUGUGGGAACCGAAGAGGGAUUGCUGUCUAAAGUGGUGUUAGACGAGCGCCAGGAGUCCGACAAACAGAUACUCGAGUAUAACAUGGGGUCCGAUAGCGACGACGUGACCGACCGAUCCAUUCGCCCGAACCCAGCCUUCGAUAACAAGCGCCGGGAUCUGUACGUACUGUCCGGUCGGCGACUGAUUCGCGUGCCGUUUGGCUCGUGUCGACCGCACCAGACGUGCGACUCGUGCCUCACAUCCAACGACCCGUUGGCCUGUGGCUGGUGUGGAACAUACUGUGCCCAUAGAGAUGAGUGCGAUCCGUUGCUCUUCAACCAGACAGUGUGUCCGCCAGUCAUAUAUGACUUCGAGCCCAAGUCGGGUCCCUUAAGAGGCGGGACUGUUAUCACUAUAACUGGCAAUAAUUUAGGGCAAUAUAGAGAUUCGUAUGAAAACAGUAAUAUAACGGUGACUGUGGCCGAAACCAACUGCCCGGUCGUCGAGUGGACAGCCAGUCGCGUCACGUGUCAGACACAGUCUGUCCUCAAAACAGUCUCAGGCAAAGUACGGGUCAAAGUUCACGACCGGUUCACCCUAAAAGGUUACGACAUUGAGGGUGAGGUGCAGUCGGAACUGGAGUUUAAGUAUUACGGGCGGUGGAGUUUAAUUUUCACA